AUGGAGUCUAGUCUCUACCACAAUGUCCAUUCCAUCCUCCGAGAGCUGGAUUGUGAACCUCAGGCUGGAUCAGCCUGCAAUAAAGGCAUGUUGAGAUGGACUCUGCAUAACAGGAUGGACAAAAAUCCAUCUGUCAGUGUCCCUCUUCUGAGGGUUCUCAUAAAAGAGCUUGAAAAGGCGGAGAGAAUCGAUUCCAAGAUUCGCAUUAUUCCUUUACUUCACACACUUGUCUACACAGUCCUACAGUCUGUAUUUAUUCCAGAAGAUCUAUAUCGAAGAAUGUAUUUUUGCUUGAAAAGUUUAGUUAGGUUACCUGUACCCUACUGUGCAAUCGCUCUCUGCUAUGCAAGGCAGAUGAAAAUGGAACAAAAUGCACCAGGAAUACUGUAUCAGAGGAGAGUCAGUACCGAACACAAUCUACACAGUGAUCUUUAUCCACUCCAUGAGAAGGUGUUUGUGUUUGUAGAUCCUGCUGUGUUUCCUUUGUCUCUGAUGAAUGCGCUCAAGGCUGACGUGGAGUGUGCAGACCCUGGUAGAGACCCGUUGAUCUACAAACGCAGAGUUUUACUGCACACAAUGCUAGCUGGAUUUGGAAAAAAGUGCCAGGUUGACCAACUCUCGCAGUCUCUAGAGCAUUUAGGUGAAGAGCUGGAGCUGCACUUCCAGGAUCUCGUCACCAUCCUAGAGCAGAGAACAGAAGAUGGAGCUUCUGAUGAUAACCAGUACAAAACAAGAUUGCAAGAGAUCUACCAAGACAUCCUUACUGCUCCAAAAGAUCCGUCGUGUCCAGCCUCGCAAGUAGAAACUCAGCUGCCCAGUCCUGAGGUCAGCUUCCAUGUCUGGACCAAAGAGGAUGAGAUAUGGAAUGAGCUGGUUAACUUUGCACUGAUGGUUCCUGCGGACCGAAACUCUGCUUGUCUGGAUGAGGAUGACCUGAAGCGUAACUCGGUCAUGUCCACCGUGUCCACGGACAGUGGCAUAGAGGGAGACAUGCCCAUCAGUGAGCUCUCCUCUAUAAUGCUGGAGUCUCAGGGCGGCCCAGAGGAGCAGAGCAGCUCUCAGUCCUUCUACAGGAGGCAGUGUGUGCGAUGUCCCAAAGCUGGUAACAGAAUGACACUCAUGAUGGAGGCCAUUAGGGGAAAUGGAGGAUACAGCCUUGCUAAAGAGGAAAGGAACCUCACGGCUCGGAUCCUUGUAAUGGGUGACGACAGAACGCUAGGAUGGCUCGCCAAGACUCUCCACACUAUACGGAAAAGGGAGGCACGACAUCUGCUGCUGACAAAGAGAGUGAAUAUGGAGAUGUAUUACAUUCCAGUGACUGACCAGACACUUUCUCCAGUUCAGGAGGGUGCUCCUGAAGACAUGCUGACAUUGGCAGGAUAUUUGGGAAGCUUGGAUCCGUGGUAUGACUGUAAUAUCAACGGUUUGGGAGCCAUGAUUCUAAAACUGGCCCAGAUGAAGUCAACUCAGAGUGAAUCUUCGGACCCCAACACCUUCCUGCUAGAUAUCAUCUCAUACUACACACGUGUCAGCCAGCAUCCGGUGCACCUUCCCAUUUACUCUGUCAAGAUCUGCUUCUCUGGCCUCAGCAGCACCACAGUGGAGGAGGUGUUUGUGGCUCAACUCGCCAUGGACUUUCCCGAGGUCAAACGCUGCAGAGCCACAUUUAAAGACACAAUUAAAAGUUCAGUGCGUUACAAAAAAUACAACCCACAAGAAUUUCAUGGUGCAGUCGUGUCAAUUAAUUAUAAAAAGGCCUCAAUAAGUGACAGAGAAAAGGAUAUGGGAAUGUCUUUGCCGACGAGUGGCAUGUUGAUCAGUGUCUUGCCUUCCUGCAGAGUCAGAAGUCUACAUAGUGUCAGCAUAAGUGUCCAAGAUAUGAAUCCCACAAGGCCCAGCAGACAUUCGCUCAGAGCUGUUAGCGCCAGUAUCAGAGUUCUGGAGGAGCAGACAUUCACAGUAUGUUUGGAUAAAGACCCACGUAAAACAUUCAAGAAUGUCCAGAGCAUCGAAGUUUCUCCAUGCUUGGACCCGGGAUACUCUCAUCAGCCGAGUACAAAAUCCAAGUACAGUUUGGGAGAGGGAGGUGAACUGCUGGGCAAAUAUGUCAACAAGACCCUCACGCUACCAAUCAACACCUUCUGUGGCACUGAGCAAUGACAAUACGACUCGAAUUCAUGAUAUAAGAGCUCGAGUCACGAGACAAACUGAAACCUCUUACAUCUCAGAGGCUUUUAGUGUUUUGUAUGUGUGCAUUUCCUCUUUUUAUCUUUUCUCUGUUGCCUAAAAUACAUGUAACCUCAAGAGGCUAUGACUUCCUGCUGAACUGUGAACAGACGUGAUGUUUCAUAGACUGUUUGAACGUGUUGAAAUGUCCUCGAUCUUUGUAAAACGUCCUGCUGUGUGCAUUUUAAAAUGUUAUGUUUACACUACUUUUUUAUUUUCAUGACAGUGUUUGUAUGAUACUCGGAUGUGUAAUUUAACACUUUGGAAGCACUUAGACUUUCAUUUGACACUUGCCAUUAACUAACACGUUACACGAUAGAAAAUAAAACGCAUUGAAGAUAAAGGCUGCAUCCAAAAUCGCAUACUCUCUGAGUAGGCACUUCUUUUG